AAAAAAAAAACAAUCUUCAAUAGACCAUUUAUCGCGCAAUUAGGAAAAAUCGUACUCUUCCAAUCCCACCUCUGACCUUAAGGCCCUCCGGUUUAUCUAUUCUUUGUUUAUUAUCAGCCGCUGCGAUGUAUAAUCCCCGGCUCUACACACUGUGCUCUAGUUCCCAUCGUGAAAAAGCCCACGACCCAUUACGAGAGCCACUCUUGGGUGCAAGCUCGAAAAUGGCAGAUUCAGCCUUGAAUCCGGCACCUGAUGACGACGACGAAACCGCCGAAACCACUACUCUGCAGUCCGUUGCACCAGGGGUCACUCCACCCACGAAAACAAUGGACAGUCGCAAAAAACCUACAUCACAUCAAGCCGCAUUCUCCACAUUUUUCCAGCAUUUAACAACAACAGCCCAUGCCUGCAUCCUCCUAUACGUAAUUCUAAUAAUUUAUUUUUGUUUUUCUACAGAUUUCCAGUUUUUUACGUGGCAUCCUCUCCUCUUAUCAGUGGGAUGGAUGUUUCUAAUGACUGAGGCGAUUUUGUCGCUUUCGAAAGACAACCUGUUCACGGGGACGCUACCGAAAGGUGUCAGAGUGCGCCUGCAUUGGAUUUUCCAAAGCAUAGCUUGUGUCUUAAUAACUAUAGGCUUUGUGGUGGUUUAUGUCAAUAAGGAUUACUUGAAUAAGCAGCACUUUAAGACAUGGCAUGGGCUGCUGGGGCUCAUUGGGAUUGUUUUUUGUAUUCCGAGUUGUCUCAACGGUGUAGCCGCGCUCUACCACGGCAGUUUGAGACAACUAGUUAGGCCUAAGAUCGUUAAAUUCGUGCAUAUUUUAACCGGUAUUGUUAGUUUUGGUUUCGGGGGCGCUGCACUGAUUUUGAGUGUUUACACCAAAUGGUUUGAGAGACAUUCCAGUGGGAACAUUGUUACUUUUCUGUUAGGCCUAGCCUUCGUUUCCGUAGCCGUGAUGUGGACUCUUGUACGACCUGUGAUAACUUGCUGUAGACAGUUGAGGCAUCUAAUGUAACCGUUUACAGUUUCCUAUAAUUAUUAAGCAAAGAAACGAUAUUUUUCUACUGUAUUUACAAAACCGAACCAAUAUUGUGUGAUACGUUUAUGUAACUUAACUAUUGUACUUAUACAAUUAUUUUUAAUAAAAAGUAUUGACACAGUU